AUAACUUAGACAUAUCUCGUUCGGGGUUGGUAUUAUGCAUGAAUGAAAUCUAUUCAGUUUCUGUGCUCAACGCCUUCAACGACACUAUCAUAAUCAUAGUCGCUUAUCAGUAAUCAGUGAAAUCGACUACGUUUCGGUCGCCCGACGUUUACAGUGUUUAUUGUUUAGUGUUCUCACGUUUGUCGUUGUGUUUCCAUCAGUGUUUCGAGUGUUUCAACUCUUAGACGAUUUUUGCGAACCAGACUUCGGAGUUAUGAAAAUAAUGAAAACCCACCCUUCGACGAUCUACACGCAUCAUAGAAACUUAAAGACGUAUUGUGUCAUAGCCAAAGCGUAUUCUUAACUAAAAUCAGUUAUCCAGCAACGGCGUUCAAUAACUAUCACCUACGUCUUCUAGUCAAUCAAUUCCUAUUGUCAACAUGAGUUCAACGGAUCGUUCAAUAUCAUCUGGGUUCCCAAUUCCUCAGUGGAUGAAAUCUAAAAUAAACGACCGAUAUGACUUAGACCAACCAUCAUUUAAUCCACAAGAAACAGAUGACAGCUUCUUUUUGGUUCGUUAUUUGAAACCAGAUCCAGUAAAUCAAAAACACAGCGAUAACACUAAAAAUAAACCAGUUGAAGAAAAUUUAACAGAGAAAGCAGUUCAAAAUUUAAAAAAAAUGCCUCCAGCAUUGAUUGUUACAGAAACACCAGAAUAUAAAGGCCAUACAAUUGCUUGUCAACGCUUCAUUACAAAUACUUGUGCUGAUGCAGUUGCUGCAGCAAGUUUGGGUGAUAAUGUAAUUGACCCUCCAAAAUCAUUAGGGAUUGACGAUGGUUUUAAAAGUGGAGCUUCCGAAUGUGGUAAAUCUAUUGUGGCUAUGGCACACCAAAUGGUGUCUGGGCGAAGAAUAUAUCAAGGUCGUUCUUCUGGUCCUCAAGAUAUGCUUGUUGUUGGACCAUCUCCAUCAAUGUUAUCUAAACGACGUAACAGCAAAUCACUUCCCGCAAGUCCUAUAAGUUCACCACCUGGAUCACCGCGGUCAAUUCGUAAAAAUCCAUAUUUCACAGCACCAUUUCAAGAAGAAUCUACAGGAGAUAAACAAGGUUCAUCGUGGAUAUUAUCAAACUUAUUUUCACAUAGAGCUGAUUCCCAAGAAGAACUAUCUGAUAAAGAGAGUAAGAAAUUCCCUAAACCAUUGUCUUCUAGCAAUUUAUCCAUAAAACCCAAACCAUCAGAAUUAAGAGAAAUGAAUUUCUGGACACCUACAUCAAUGUAAAAAACGUAGGCUCAACAAAAAAAUUAUUCGAUUUUUCAAGAUUUUCAGCACUUUUGGUUUUAUUAUUAAUUUGUGUUUUGGCAUUAUUUUAUGAUAUGUAAUAUGUAUCCUUAUUUUUCCUUAUAAUCUCCUUAACUUAGUACCUGUAAAAAUCAUUUUUAAUUUUAAGUUGUCAUUGUUAUUUUUUCUUUUUUUUUUAUUUAAUUUUAGAAUAUUUAAGUACCAAAAUAAUAAUAAUAUAUAAAGACAAUACUCGUUUAGUGCGCAUCUUUUUUACAUAUAAGUUAUCUUUAUAUUUUAUUAAUCAUAAUUUCUAUUGAAUUAAAUUCGACAAUUGUUUUUGUUUUCUAAUCUCCCCUAAAAGUUUGUAUACAUAUAUUUUUUUUUUUUUUUUACUCGAGUAUUAAUAUAAACCGCAUAUUAUAGAAUUGUAUUACUAUUUAAUGUAUGUAAAUACAUCAGUGCUACUAUGGUAUAAAAUUGAUAUUGUAAAUGGUCAAUUGAAAAAGUGUUGUGGGCAAUAGCGCAAAUGAUAUGAAGAAAUGGUAAUCUAUUUUAAAAUUAAAUUAUUUUGCUAUCAUGUCA